ACGAAGGAGAACAGUGGGUUCACAGCAAUGCUGGGAGAGGCAGGCAGUGAUAAUAUAUAUGGAGAUACAGAGUGGGAGAACGAGAGGGAGUACCAGCAGACUGAAUGUGUGGCAGGGCAACCAGUCUGUGCCUCAGUCAGAGUGGAGUCACGCACAUUGCGCUUUUCCAUAAAGCAUGGCAGCAGCAGCGGCAGUCGCGGUGAUAGAAAUGGUGCAGAUGCGGGUGGGUGUGUUGAUUUGGACAGUGACAGUGACGGUGAGCUGGCCCACGGAUUGGAGGCCAGCCAACUGAAUGAUCCGCUGGGUUUCCCCUCUGGAGUCAUGGAGAAGGAAGCUGACGAGGCUGUUCGAUCUUCUGUACAGAAUCAUGAGAUUCAAGCAAGGGGAGCAGUGCGUCAAACAAAGAAGGCAGUUGAGAAUGCGGGGGAUGCGGAAGAUUCGUACGGGAGGAAAAGGCAGGAAGUGGGAAUACUGGCGAGGUGCCAGAAAGCAGAUGUGAAGCACAUGGAGAGCAGAAGCAGUGGAGCAGGGAAAGGUAGUGAGAACGGGCUGCUGUGGAUUUGGCAGCAGCAGCAGUACAUACCUCAGCAGGAGCAGCAGAAGGGCAAGAGGAGCAGGGUGCAGAAUCGCAUUGCAGCAGAAAAUUCUCAGCAGAGGAGAGGGGGACCAUUCGUUGACUUGACAAACACGGCCAUCCUGGAAUUUAACGAGCAAGGUCGAAGUGCAGCAGCUGAGUCGGACGGGAUACGCAACAACGGAAAGGCUGCUAGUGAUUGCGUUGAUUCGAUUCACCUGGGUAAUGGUGACAGCCCUGGUAGGAUGCAUGGUGGAGGACAAGCAGGAGGAGGCAAGCCCAUGAGAAAAUAUGUUAAAAGUGGACGGAAUAGAUGGGCCUCCACAGGCGAGCAUGAGGUGGUGGACCUGGACACUCCAGAGUCUGUCACUGUGAAGGUGUUAGGGAGGGGAAAUGCCUUGCUCCGAGAGGCGGGAGGCUGUCCACUGGCUUGCACGCUUAACUUUGCGCCAGCCAAUUGUGAGAGAAAAAUAAGCUGCGGUUUGGUGAACCUGAUUGACUUGGAGGAGAACGAUGACUAGACUAGGUUGCCAUGAUCUCUUAUUUGGUGUACCUUAGUCCAUCUUGUAAAUAAAAUUUCCUUCAAUCACUAGCAUCUUUCACAUCUGAACCCUAAUCUAAAACCGUCGUUUUUCUAGUUCCAGUGGUCGAGGGGAAUAGAUUCCGCCAGCCAAAUAGCACGAGAGGGUAGUGACAGUGCCUAGUUUCGCACCAACGUUGCCAGCAUCGUGAAUUGAGAUGGGACAUCUUGCUCUACGUGUUGCACUCGACGGCUCCGCCCCCUUCAGCAGUAUUCAAGAUGCAGUGGACGCCGUCCCACCAGGCAAAGGCCAACCAACGACCAUACAUAUUGAUCCAGGAACGUACUUUGAACAGAUUCUGGUGCCAUCGUCCAAGCACUGCAUUUCUUUCGUCGGAACUGGACCUCCAUGGUCAACUAUCGUCUGUUUUGACGCAUUCAACGGAAAGGCUCGACCUCCACACGCACAGUGCGCUUCAGACGAUCGUACCAACCCUGUAUACAACACGUACAACUGUGCAACAGUUCAGGUAGAGGCUUCGGGCGUGGUUAUGGUGAACAUUGUCAUCGUCAACCAAUCAAGGCCUGACUGUGGAGGCCAAUCAGGGCAAAACCAGGCAGUGGCGUUGCGCACAACGGGAGACAAGGUUCAGCUCCAUGGGUGCUGGAUACGAGGCUGGCAAGCGACCCUUUACACCCAUCAAGGGCGGCA